UGGCUUGUAAAAAAGUACCCAAUUCCAAAACCCUAAUCGCUCUCUUUACACUUUUUAGGGGUUUGCAAUGGCCGACGCUGUGAUCUCUCUUGACAAGAUUAAAGCUUUCUGGAAAUCUCAAGUUCACGAUGAAGAGAAUUGGGCUAUGAACUCGAAGCUACUCCGUGCUGUAGGAUUGUUUGCUGGUUCUAUUGUUUUGAUGCGGAACUUUGGUGACCUCAUGGCUAUAUGAAGAAGAUGGAUUCUGGAUCUCUUUGAUGUUUCGAUUUUAAUCAUGUUUCUUCUAGUGGUUAUUUGAGAAGGUUGAAUUUUAAAUUCGGAAUUCUUGGUCUUUUCUAUUUUGUUUGUGUUGCUAACUCAGGGGUAUGAACAUAAUGAGGUUUGGAUUGUGAUGUGUAACCCUGUUAAUGAUUUAAGUCGUGUUUCGGUUGACCUGUGUAA